GCAUUUCACAUUGUGCACGUGUAGCCCACUUCCUAGAAUGCGAUGGCUAGCGUAUAGCUAUGCUAGCUAGAUGCGAGCGCGAGCGCGAGCGACCGCGAGCGUUCGCGCGCGCCUUCAUAUAUGGCGGAUUAUGAUUCCGAGAUUGCUCACGCAGGUUAGCUUCAUCAGUGGAAAACAUUUCAAACAUUAAAGAAGUAAACAUCAUCCAGGAUGGCAUCGCGGUUCUUCGCAGGAGGGUCAUCAACCGAGAGUGAAUCGGAAUCGAGUGAUGAUGGUAUCCAAGUACCGCAGAAACAGGUCCCAGUAACCCGAUUUUUCCUCAGUGAUGAUGAAGAGGAGACAAAACGCGUUGUGCGCAGUGCCAAAUCAAAGAGACAUGAUGAGAUAUCAGAGCUCAUUAAGCAGAUCAGGAAUCAGAAGAAGAUCCGGGAUGUCUCGAGGGUACAGACCAGUUUUGAGGAACUGAUGAGGGUUUACACCAAGGCUCAGAAUGUACUCAACACAGAGGAUGGCCAGUGCCCACGGUACUAUAUCCGUUGUCUCGUGGAACUCGAGGAAUUCGUCAAUGAGCUUUGGGAAGACAAGAAGAAGUUGAAUAAAGCCAAUGCCAAGUCUCUCUCCUCCUUGAGACAAAAGCUAAGAAAAUACUUGAAGGAGCUUGACACUCAGAUUACAAAGUACAAAGAGAAUCCUGAUGCAGAAGAUAAGGAAGAGGAGCCAGAGGAGAAGAGUGAGAAAGAGAGCGAGAGUGAAGAGGAUGAGCCUGCUCCAACCUUCAAGAAAACUCUACCUCCAAAGGUCAAACAAGAAGGAGAUUAUGAUGAUGAAUCAGAUGAUAGCUGGGAUGUAACAAUGUCAUCUGAUUCAAGCUCAGAUGAUGAUGUACCGGGCAUGACGACCCUCACGGCAGAGUAUUUCUUGAAGAAGACUACCACAGGUGAAGACAAAUCUUCAACAAAGAGGAAGGAGCGAAGGAAGGACAGAGUGCGAGUGAAAGAAGAUGAAGUUUUGGAGGAGGAGGAAGAAGAUGAAGAUGGCAAGUGGGAAAAGGUCAAAGGUGGCAUCAAACUUGAGAAGGAGAAACCCAAAAUGUUUGCUAAGGACGUGGAGAUUACCCAUUCUGUUGUUCUCAAGAAGCUCUCUGAGAUCGUUGGGGCUCGUGGCAAGAGAGGAACCAACCGAGCGGAUCAGAUUGAACUGUUGAAGGAACUCAGGAACAUCGCUAGUCAGAACAACCUUGGGUUGGGCGUUGAUCUGAAGAUAGCCUUCCAUGUGAUGUCGGCUGUCUUUGAUUACAAUCCUAAUGUUGCUACUUGUAUGAAGCCAGCCAUCUGGGAAAUGUGCUUAGCCCUUAUGAUGGAGAUGCUCAACAUUCUCAUAGAAAACCCAGAUGUUGUGUGCUCAGAGAACUUUCAUGAAGACGCCGAAAGUUUACAAGAGGCUCCGUAUAAGAUCCGUGGUUGUAUUCUGACUGUAGCUGAACGGCUUGAUGAGGAAUUUACCAAGAUGCUUCAAGCAACUGAUGCUCAUUCUACUGAUUAUGUUGAAAGGUUGAAGGAUGAGACUCUUGUGACCAACAUCAUUGUAAAACUACAAUCUCAUCUUGAGAAUACAAGUACAUCUGCUGAGAUCUGCAGGGUUUACCUGAGGCACAUCCAACAUAUCUACUACAAGUAUGAUUACGAGAAACUUCGAGAACUAGAGAAGAACCGUACCCAGACGGAAAGUGAAAAACAGGAAAAGACGGAUGAUGGUGAAGGAGAAAAAAAGAUAGAAGAGGAGACACAAAAAGAGGAGACACCAAAAGAGGAGAGCAAAUUAGAAGAAGAAGACAAAGCGAAAGAAAAGAAAGAAGAGGACUCGCUGACGCUGAUGGACCGGAUGUGUAAAUACAUUUACUCCAAGGACACCACGGAUCUGAUCAGAACUAGAACAAUGCUGUGUCAUAUCUAUCACUAUGCUAUCCACGAUCGCUGGUACACUGCUAGAGAUCUCAUGCUUAUGUCUCAUUUGCAACAGACCAUUCAAUACUCUGAUAUUCCCACUCAGAUUUUGUAUAAUCGUACCAUGGUCCAGCUUGGCCUCUGUGCAUUCCGUCAUGGUAAUAUCCGUGAUGCCCACAAUGCAUUGCUUGAUAUCCAAAGUGGUGGACGUGCCAAGGAACUUCUAGCUCAGGGUCUUUUGAUGAGGCAGCAGGAGCGUGACGCCCAGCAGGAGAAGAUAGAGAAGAGUCGUCAGCUCCCUUUCCACAUGCACAUCAAUCUGGAGCUAUUAGAAUGUGUCUAUCUUGUCUCGGCAAUGCUGCUUGAGAUCCCUUACAUGGCAUCUCACCACUUUGACAUUCGGCGUCGCAUGAUCAGCAAGAGUUUCCACCAUCAGCUGCGACUGAGUGAGCGUCAGACCCUGAUUGGACCCCCGGAGAGCAUGAGAGAGCAUGUGGUGGCCGCCUCCAGGGCCAUGCGCUACGGUGAUUGGCGGGGCUGCAAGAAGUUCCUGGUCAAUGAGAAGAUGAACAUGAAGGUCUGGAACCUGUUCAAGGACUCGAACCAUGUCAGGGACCUCAUCACUAGGAAGAUACAGGAGGAGAGUCUGAGGACAUACCUGUUUACGUAUGGUAGUGUUUACGAUUCUUUGAGCUUGAUCACACUAUCUGAUAUGUUUGAGCUUGAGAAGACUGCAGUACAUAGCAUUGUCAGUAAGAUGAUCAUCAAUGAAGAGCUGAUGGCCUCCUGGGACGAGCCAGCUGCCACUAUUGUGAUGCACCGUUGUGAACCAACCCGUCUGCAGCACCUCUCACUCCGCCUUGCAGACAAGGUCGCCAACCUGGUCGAUAACAACGAACGUCUCAUCGACUCCCGCAUGGGUGACAGCCGCUUCAAGGACCGCGGCUUCAACAAGGAUGGUGGCCGAAGAGAAGGUGGUUACAAGGACGGUGGCCGCUACAAGGAUGGUGGCCGCUACAAGGAUGGAGGCCGGAGGGAAGGUGGCUACAGGGAAGGCCGAGACAAUCGCUACCAACGUGAUAGUCAUCAGGGAGGCAACCGUUAUAGGGACCGCGGUGGGAAGGGCAACUAUAACCGAGACGGGCAAGGAAGGGACAACUACCACAGGGAUGGCCAGAGACGAGGAGGGGAUAGGUACCACCGUGAGGGUAGAGGUCGAGGAAGAAACCGUGAUCAACAGCAGAGGAACUACUAGACAAGCUUUAUGAUGUCUAUCAGAAGCAAGAUCUACAAAUCUCUGAUUCAAACUUUCUCAAAGAUUUGGAAUUCCAUUAUAUAUUUAACCACAGAUUCCAUUAUGUAAUUUCAAUAGAACAUCUAUGGGAAUUAUUGAUUUGCACAGUCAGUGUUUGGUUAAAAUAUUGUCACUUUUCCUUCACUAGAUACUCAAUUUAAGAACUAAUUUAUCUUUUAUUUAUGUUUAAGUACAGGAUUCUAUUACCCACUUUGUUGCUAUUAUUGUCAAUUGAUAAACCCUGGAAUUCCAUUCUUGUUUGAAUUACCUUUUCAUUCUUUAGCAAGAAAAUAAUGAAACUUCCCUUGUCCACCCCCCCCCCUCCUUGGUGAAUGGAAGUUAAAAGGUCAUAAUGACAUGGCAGUCAUGUUUGCAUGACAGUUUAGUUAUUGUAGGUCAAGGACUUUUAUGCCCGGUUGACACUUGGGUGCACUGUGGUGCCCGCAUUGAUGCGUGCCAGUGCGGGAUAUUUUGUGGCACGACUUGCCUGUAUCAGUGCACGAAAUGGGUGUCAUUACCCUGGGGUGUGCUUACUGCAGAGCUGCCAACCAUUACGUUUUUGCCGUAAUCAUUACGUUUUUUCAUUCAAAUUACGGCAUUAUGGUUUUUCUUUUCAAAUUACGUUUUUUGACAAUUUUGAUAAUGUGUGUACAUAAUUGUAUGUAUGUGGAGUGCGUGUUGAGCCCACUGAACUAGAAAUACGUAUUUCUAGUUCAGUGGUUGAGCCCGAGAUGAGCCUGGUAUUUGCGCGUGCGUAGUCGCCCGCCGGCCGGUUUUCCAACGCACUUUAAUAAUUUGAUAGCGUGCACGUACAUAUACGUUAGUUGAAUAUGCGAGCGGCAUGCAUGGUACGAAUCGCGAUGUAUAGCGACUGGUAAAUACGUCUGUCAUCCAAGAUGGCAACUUACGAUGACAAACGAAAGGAUCGAGGAUGAUUAUGUUUUGAUCAUCAUUUGAAAGGAAAUAACAGUAACUGCGGUCCAAGGUACGAUAUUUCUGAAUUUUAUAUAUUUUAUCUUAAAUUUGCAUGUAAUUUCUUUCCUAUAAAGUGAUGUUUUAUGUAUAAAAAAACGAUCCGAAAAUCAGAUUUCAGAAUUUAGAUCUAACGUUACUGCUAAUACGUUGUCUUUACGCACGUUUGUCCUUGCAGCGCAGAGCGAGUAGUACGAUGAAUUGGGUAGGGUAAUUCCCCAAAUGUAGUAAGAGAAGAGUCCAUUUGUAAUGGAGGGGGAUUUGGAGGUUUGAGGGAAAUUAUUAUUCCAUUUGCAAAAUUUUACAAAAAUACUCAUCAUAUAUAUUAAAGAUUGAAUCAUCAAAAGAUAUUUUUCAUAUACUUUAAAAUUAAUUGUUGUGAUAAAGAAAUGAAAUUUUGAGGCUAUUUUCUUGAAUUGAUUAAUAUCAAUUCCCUUCGGAUAACGGUACGGUACUGUCUGGUUAAUUUUCAUCAACUCGUAAUCGUAUCAAACAAAUACGAUGAAUUCGGCUUUGAAAAGACCUGGAAAGCUCUUCAUUGUCCCUUGAAGUAAUAAUUCUGGGUGAUAUUCAACAUUUAUUGAUAGUUUCACAUGAUUUAUACUAGAGAGAUGUCCUACUGCCUUUGGAAUUCAUUAAAAAAGUCGGCACUUUAGCAUUCAGUUUAGCAGGAAUGGGAAGAUUUCUUCCCCGGUUCUGGCGGCCUAGAUGUCUGCUCUAUAGUGCCGUCACUGCUGGGGAUGAUUGAGUGUGCGUGCAGUGUGAUUGAGGCUGAGCUGUGCACAUCGUGAAGUGAUUUACGAUGGGACUUUUGUGGAAUGAUUUCAACUUCUUAUCUAUAGAUCUAUUUGAAUUUUAGAUUAGAUUGAUUUAUGAAUAAUUUUUCUAUAUUUGUGGAAUGUUACAUGUACACUUCCAUUUUAUGACACUUUAAUUUUAAAGGGUACUGUUUGGCAAAAACAAUGUUACUUGGGUUGGGAAGAGAAGUCUGAAUUGAUGUCAACUUUUUUUUAUAUUUCUCUUAGUCUACAAUUUGGUAGUUUUGUCAGGAAACUCAACAUAAAACAAUUAAUUAUUUUAGAAGUGGAAAGGAAGCCCCAGAAAAAUGGGGCCCUAAAAAUGUUCACCAGAACUGAUUUUGGUGCCCCUGAAAGAAUUUUUUCUCGACAGAUCUUCACUUUGAUAAGUGCCGGAGUAGGUUGCACUACAAAAUGAAAGGCCUACUUGUCAUUUUUAGAAAAAUUUGCCUAGGUGCCCAUUUGACUAGAAUAAAAGUGGCCUUCAUGUCCUUUAGAAUGGCCUUGAUACCCCUUGAAAUUUUGGGGCAUCCAAGGCCAGUUGCCCCAAGCUGAAAGUGCCCAUUUGAAAAUGGCCUUGCCCCUCUCAAUUCUUAAUUCAAGCCCUGCUACUGACUUAAUUAAAAUAAGGGUCCAAUUUGUAACGCUCCGUUACUUAGCCCAGACUAGGCCUAGAGAUUAACUUUUUUUAAAUUGUUCACUGCAUACAUACUUUUUGCAUUGGAUGUUUGUCGCAUGUCGUUUUAAGGUUCGUUUUAACACAUUCCUUUUUUUUGUUGGAAAUUCCUUUUUUUGGCCAUAAUGAUUCCUUUUUUUGCUUGCACAAGGUUGGCAGCUCUGUUACUGUACUUUGCGCCACAAAAUUUAUAUUUCCUCCCCAACGAUUGGCACGGCUGGGUUGCACAUAGCUUACGAAUGGUUUGUGAACUUGUAAUGCGUGCCCAAAUUUUCAACAUGUUGACAAUUUUGGCACACAUAUCACGCACCUAUCCGCAAGCUGGCAUGCAUAGUUCCUGCAUUGGCCUGCAUGAGUGCGUGCCCAUGCGCAAAUUACAUGGGAACCAAGAUGCAUGCAAGUGUCAACCGGGCUUUGCUCUCAAUAUUUCACACAUAUACAUUGCAUCUGGUAAUUUCCCAAUUAAUUUUUUGUUUACAACUUUACUUCACCAAGAAAUGUUAAAAUUUUUUGCCCUCAAAGGGCCUUUUUG